UUUGGGGGAUUGGGAGUUUAAUUUCAAGGAUUCGGUAUAAUCCAACUCCAACCACCACAAUGCAUGUUUGGGGGCAUCCUUCCGAUAACAAUGUUUACUACAUUAGAUAUUUUCUGAGUUUGAAAACGAUUCAAGUAAAUUUUCAUCCCACAUAUAAGAUCCCGACACCCUGCAUCAUGACAGGGGAAGAUUUAAUUGGAGGAAAUCUGGAGGAAGUCUUAGCCUACGUUGAGGGUAAGUUUCCUCUCCCGGAGCUGCUGCCUAGAAGCCAACUUUACGAUCGCAAAGAAGGUGAAUGGAAGUUGAUUUUUAAAAUAACUUCAAUGCAUCAUACUAGCAUUCAAUUCCAUUUGCAAUCCAUCAUUACCUGCACAUGCGAGCUGCUGAUGCAUGUAGGUGACCACCGACAGAGGAGGAAGGCAAUUCUCUCUUUGAAAGUUACAAAACUGUGUUUGUCAUUUAAAUCACUAAUACAGAUACUCCAGGAGCAUGCCACCAUUGAAGAUUCCAUCAUCUUUCCAUUUCUGCGUUCCUCCGAUGAAGAGCUUGAGCUUCCUGAAUUGUUAAUGCAACAGCAUCUGUCUCAUGUGCCUCUACACUAUGGGAUUGAUACAGACAUAGACUCUCUUCAAUCCAUGAUUCUCGGCUCGACCACUUAUGUACAAAAACUUGUUGGGAUUUUUUCUAGACUCCAGACACUUCAGAACUCAUUGGAGGAACAUUUUCUAGAGGAAGAAAAGGUGUUAAAUGUUUUGAUGGAAUCUGCUGAGAUAACGUGCAAGAAGAAUCAUCAAAGGGUCCUGACAGUGGAAGAGUGUCUGAAGAUAAUGGUCCAAACCCAUUCAAACUAUUUUAUAUUUUUCCUGCAGGGCCUAAGUCCGAGAGAGAGACUAGAAUACUUGGACUUAAUUUUAGUGCUGACCGAUCAUGAUCUCUCGAAAUCGAUCUUCAGUUCUCUGUUUCCGUAGACACCCCCCUCCCCGAUGAACACAUUA